UAUUCUUUCUUCACUGUCUUCUCUUUUGUUUCUAACACCAAACCUCACAUUUUCAUUUUGGGGUUACAAUUACAAACCUAAUUCACAUCAUUUUCUGCUGAACAUACUAUGGACCUGUGGAAUUUGAACUGGCCCUAGCUUAUUUUUUGUCAGAAUCAAUUUUGCCACCCAGCCACUCAAAUAAGCUUAUUUCCAAACACGCGCUAACUCUUUUUUGUUUCCGUCUGCGCGGUGCUACCGUUACAAAUCUCGGUUCAUUGAUUAGCACAUUUAGACAUGUUUAUAUUCUAAAAGUUGUGCAAACAUGAUGCAUUCUGUAAAGGGUGGCUGGCGCCACUCAUUUGCCCUUGCCAAACAUAAUGAAUCUGAAGGAAGAAAGACUAGGAUUCGACGUUCAAAGGAGGAAAGAAAGGCAAUGGUGGAAUCCUUUAUAAAGAAGCACCAAGAGGAAAACAAUGGAAACUUCCCAUCCCUUAAUCUUACACAUAAAGAAGUUGGUGGCUCUUUCUACACAGUGCGGGAGAUUGUACGAGAUGUAAUUCAAGAAAAUAGAGUGUUGGGCCCUGCUAAGUUCACUUUAGACGAGCAAAGCAUUGAUCAAUUUUUCGAACAGAAUCCAUUGGGUUCAAUUGCAAGAGAUCCUCAACCUUUUCUGGAGGCAUCCUCUAAUGAAAAUCAUCCUGAGCUUAGCAAAGUUAAUGAUAUAGAUGGAAAAAUGCUUUCUGUUUCGGAUGGGCAUUAUACUGAAGCUGAGCAUCAGGUGGUUGGCAAAGGUCAUAUGAUAAAUGUUGGCCAUGUAAAUGUGACAGACAAGGAGCCCAUUGAAGCUACUGUUGUUUCUGAUGGGUAUUCUGAGCAUUCUAUGGAUGACGUAGGACGUACCAUAAAUCAUAGCCAGGUUGACGUGACAAGCAAAAAAUCUGUAGAAGCUACAGUUGUUUCUGAUGGGUAUCAUACUGGGACUGAGCACAAUAUUGCUGACAAAGGGCAUGCCAUAAAUGGCAGCAAGGUAGGUAUAAUAAACCAAGAAUCUGACGAAGCUAAUGUUCCUGAGAUACAGGUAAGUGAGCCUAUGGCGUCCAAACAGAGUGUUGAACAAGAGUUGGCAGUUCCUGCAACACUGGAUGUAGAGACAUUUCCAUUAAGGUCUGUUGCUCGGACUACCGAUGGAAUAGAAGGCUUUGAAGAGUCAAGGGAUAGGAAAAUGUUGGAACCAGAACAAGGUGGGGAGAAGUCUGAAUUAAAUGGGAUAGAGCCUGCAAAGGAUUCUGUGUUAUUGGAUGAUAAAUUUGAGGAUGCCCUUGGAAAUGAAAAAUUAAAGCAAGUCUCUAACACUGAGCAUGAUAAGGAGAAAACUCUGGGAGAUACAUUAGAAGAAAACACAAACCAUUCGACGCCUAAUGAACAUUUAAGUCAUGAAUUUGAAGAUUCCACUGACCCUCAAGUUAGAGUAUCUCUUCAAAACACCUUUGAGACCACUACCCAAAGCAAGAUGAAAGAUGGAGCCAAGAUAAGCACUCCAAAUGGCUUUCAAGCCAAGAACCUUGGCCAGACUCACACUGAGGGACCAAAACCUUCAGAGGAAGUCCUGCAUAAAACUGAUAAACAUGGAGUUGAUCUUCGCAGUUCCCAGAGAAGAAGCAACACAACUGUAGACAGGAUCAAUCUAGAAUCAUGGGAUGGAACACCUAAGAACUCUCCAAAACGAGACCCCAACCCUCUUGUAGCUAUUUUGGAAGCUUUUGUCAGUGCGUUUUUGAAAUUUUGGUCGCAGUGAAGAUUUAGUAUUUGUUUUCUUUUCUCUUCCCUUCCAUUGGGGAGAUGAUGUCCUAGACCUGAUAAAGAAUAAUUUUAGCGAGGUUGAUGUGUUCUGUUUUUUUUUUUUUAAUUCCAAUGAUCUUGUUUCAAUAGUUGAGCUGGUUGUAUGGCAUAAGUAACCAUUUGAGCUGUCUUUGGUAAGCACAUGAAAUGCUAACCUCGGUUUGUUUAGCUUCUAUAGAAUCCAUGAUCCGAGAUAUUAGCUUACAUGGUGCAAGUAUAUUUGGAAAUACAAUUGAAAUUGCGUUCGAGUUCAA